ACGGUCGUUUGGCGCUGACGCUACGUCGGUUUCGGUGCACGGAGUACGUUAACAAAAAUUCAUAUUCGCAAAAAUAAUAAAACAGAGUUUUGUGUGUUAAACGAAGUCUAAUAAAGUAUACGAAUACGAAUAAUUCUGUGGCUGCUUAACUAUCAUUACAAAGUAGAGCCGCGGCGAUUAAAGGCGGUUCUUUCUCCUGUUAACAGUAAAAAGUUCACAACCGCGCGCGCGCGCUCUCUCUCUCUCUCUCUCUGGAUCGUGUUCACCAUUCGUUUCAGCCGUCUCGCUGUCGGCCCCGUUAACGCCGAGGUUCGACGCGAUCGCCGCUUUUUAUUGCUAUUGUAUAUUGUAUUACUUAUUAUAAUAUUCCGUGAAUUGGUCGCAACGCUUAUUUAUUUUUGUUGUUUCAACACAAACAGCUUUUCUGCUGAAACAUAUAUAAUUUGCAAAAUAAUCAAACCGAAAUUUCUCGGAUUGCAUCGCAACACAUUUGCAUCGCGAGCUUUGGCCAAAGCUCGGCUUUCGAGAUGGAGUUUGGAUACGCUUGAAUAGACCCCACUCUUCUCUCUCUCUCUCUCGCUCUCUCUACAAAAUAUUGUGCGGGGAGUUGCGGGUUUAGAAAAACUUGGAAAAUAAACAAAUCGUUUGAUUGUGCAAAACAAUCGAAUCGCAGCCCAUCGAAUCCAUCACGUUCUCAUAUUUAUGCGAUUUAUGAUUUUAAAUAAAUAAACAAACGCGUGUUGGAUACGUACCCACCCCUUCACCCGAUCCGGAGCAGCAGCAACAUGUCUAUAUCCGGCAUUAUCUACAUCGGAGCGGGCCUUCUGCUGAUCUGCGCCAGCCACUUGGCAGCCGCCUCGGCAACGGCCAAUGCCGGCUAUGUUGACCACGGAGAUACGAAAGUUUGUAUUGGCACCAAGAGUCGCCUGUCUGUGCCCUCGAAUCGGGAUCAUCAUUAUCGCAAUCUGCGCGAUCGUUACACGAAUUGCACCUACGUCGAUGGCAAUCUGGAGCUAACCUGGCUGCAGGAUCCCAAUUUGGAUCUCAGCUUUUUGGCCAACAUACGCGAGGUGACGGGCUACAUACUGAUCAGUCAUGUGGACGUGACCAAAGUGAUAUUUCCAAAACUUCAAAUCAUACGCGGCCGCACGCUGUUCAGCCUAACUGUCGACGAGGCGAAGUAUGCCCUGUUUGCCGCGUACUCGAAGAUGAACACGCUGGAGAUGCCCGAGCUGCGGGACAUACUGCAGGGCUGGGUGGGUUUCUUCAGCAACUACAAUCUGUGCCACACGCGCUCCAUUGUCUGGCGCGAGAUCCUGUCCGGGGUGAACGAUCACUACAACUACACGUACAACUUUACCGCCGAGGAGCGCACAUGCCCCAAAUGCGACCCGUCCUGCGAGCGAGGCGCCUGCUGGGGCGAGGGACCGCACAAUUGCCAGAAGUUCAGCAAAAUCAACUGCGCCCCACAGUGUGCCCAGGGUCGUUGCUUUGGCCAGGGCCCGAGGGACUGUUGUCAUCUGUUCUGCGCCGGCGGCUGUACGGGACCGACGCAGAAGGAUUGCAUUGCGUGUAAGAACUUCUUUGACGAUGGCGUCUGCAAGGAGGAGUGCCCGCCCAUGCGCAAAUACAAUCCCACCAACUACGAGCUGGAGGCGAAUCCCGAGGGCAAGUACGCCUACGGUGCGACCUGUGUGCGCGAGUGUCCCGGCCAUUUACUGAAGGACAACGGCGCCUGUGUGCGCAGCUGUCCCUCCGACAAGAUGGCCAAGGAUGGCGAGUGCGUGGCUUGCAAUGGGCCCUGCCCGAAGACCUGCCCCGGCGUGCCAGUUCUCAACUCGGGCAACAUCGAUUCGUUCAAGAACUGCACCGUCAUUGAGGGCAAUAUACGUGUCUUGGAUCAGACCUUCUCCGGCUACCAGGACAUCAAUUCGAACUAUACGAUGGGCGCACGCUAUAUACCCAUGCAUCCCGACCGCCUGGAGGUGUUCUCCACGGUGAAAGAGAUCACGGGCUAUCUGAAUAUUGAGGGUGUGCAUCAGCACUUCAAGAAUCUGUCCUACUUUCGCAAUCUGGAGGUCAUUCACGGCCGUCAGCUCAUGGAGAGCUUCUUUGCCGCGCUCUCGAUUGUCAAGUCCUCACUCUCCAGCCUGGAGCUUCGCAAUCUGAAGCGCAUCAACUCCGGCAGCAUUGUCAUCCAGCACAACGAAAAGCUCUGCUACGUGAGCAACAUACGCUGGUCGACGGUGCAGAAGUCCAACGAUCAGAUGCAGUACAUCAACGAGAACCUAAACACCUCCGAGUGCCGCAAGGCGCGUCAGGUUUGCUCGGAUCAAUGCAACAGCGACGGCUGCUGGGGCGCCGGCCCGGACCAGUGUCUGAACUGCAAGAGCUUUAACUACAAUGGCACCUGCAUCGCCGACUGUCGCAAUGUCACCAAAACCUACCAGUUCGAUGCGAAAACCUGCAAGAAGUGCCAUCCGGAGUGCCGCACCUGCUCGGGACCCGGCGCCGAGCACUGCGACGAGUGCGUCCAUGUGCGCGACGAUCAGCAUUGCGUGACCGUCUGUCCGGAGAACAAGUACUCGGACUUUGGCAUCUGCCGCAGGUGCCACGAGACUUGCGAGGGCUGCACGGGACCCAACAAUACGAUUGGACACGGCGCCUGCAACACGUGCAAUCUGGCCAUUAUCAAUGCGGAUGCCACGGUGGAGCGUUGCCUGCGCAAGGAUGACAAAUGCCCCGACGGCUACUACUGGGAGUAUGUGCAUCCGCAGGAGCAGGGCUCGCUCAAGCCGCUGGCCGGCAAGGCCAUCUGCCGCAAGUGCCAUCCGCGCUGCGAGCUGUGCACCAACUACGGCUUCCAUGAGCAGGUGUGCUCCAAGUGCGCCGGCUACAAGCGACGCGAGCAGUGCGAGGACGAAUGCCCGGCGGAUCACUAUGCGGACGAGGAGAAGCGCGAGUGCUUCGAGUGCCAUCCGGAGUGCAAGGGCUGCACUGGACCCGGCUCCGAGGACUGCCUGGCCUGCCGUAACUUCAAGCUCUUCGCCGAGAGCGAGGUGUACGACAAUUCGACCCUGUUCAACUGUACCUCCAAGUGCCCGCCGGAGUUGCCGCAUGUCAACUAUCAGUCGCACUUCAUCGGACCCCACUGUGCGUCCAGUCCGCCGCGUGGCUCCAAGCUGACCGCCGGCCUGAAUGUGAACAUGAUUAUCAUCAUCUUUGUGGCCGUCUUUAUACCCGUGAUCUGCGUGCUCUGUGUCAUCAUCUACAUCUGCCGGCAGAAGCAACAGGAGAAGAAGGAAACGGACGACCUGGCCAAGGUGUUCUUCGGCUGCGAGGACUCGGAACCGUUGCGCCCCUCCAACAUUGGCGCCAAUCUCAGCAAGCUGCGUAUUGUCAAGGACGCGGAGCUGCGCAAAGGCGGCGUCCUGGGCAUGGGUGCCUUCGGGCGUGUCUACAAGGGCGUCUGGGUGCCAGAGGGCGAGAAUGUCAAGAUACCCGUGGCCAUUAAGGAGCUGCUCAAGACAUCUGGCGCCGAGUCCAGUCAGGAGUUCCUUAACGAAGCUUACGCCAUGGCCACCGUGGAGCAUGGCAAUCUCCUCAAGCUGCUGGCCGUCUGCAUGUCCUCGCAAAUGAUGCUCAUAACACAGCUGAUGCCGCUCGGCUGCUUGCUCGACUAUGUGCGCAAUAAUCGCGACAAGAUUGGCUCUAAGGCGCUGCUCAACUGGUCCACCCAAAUAGCCAAGGGCAUGUCCUAUCUGGAGGAGCGGCGCCUCGUGCAUCGAGAUCUGGCCGCACGCAAUGUGCUGGUGCAGACGCCCUCCCUGGUGAAGAUCACGGACUUCGGCCUGGCCAAGCUGCUGAGUCUGGACUCGAAUGAGUACAAAGCAGCUGGCGGCAAGAUGCCCAUCAAGUGGUUGGCCCUCGAGUGCAUCAGGCAUCGCGUCUUCUCCAGCAAGUCGGAUGUGUGGGCCUUCGGCGUGACCAUUUGGGAGCUGUUGACCUUUGGCCAGCGACCCCACGAGAAUAUACUCGCAAAGGAUAUACCCGAUCUCAUCGAGAUGGGCCUGAAGCUGGAACAGCCCGAGAUCUGCUCCCUAGACAUUUAUUGCACGCUGCUCUCCUGCUGGCAGCUGGACGCCGACUUGCGUCCGCCCUUCAAGCAACUGACCAAUGUGUUUGCCGAAUUCGCACGCGAUCCGGGCCGCUAUCUGGCCAUACCCGGCGACAAGUUCACGCGCCUGCCCGCCUAUACGAGCCAGGACGAGAAGGAUCUCAUACGCAAGCUGGCGCCCACCACAGACGGCUCGGAGCCCAUGGUCGAGGCGGACGAUUAUCUGCAGCCAAAGGCGGCACCGGGUCCCAGCCAUCGCACCGACGGCACCGAUGAGAUACCCAAACUCAAUCGCUACUGCAAAGAUCCCAGCAACAAGAACUCAAACAGCGGCGGCAUCGGCGGCGACGAUGAAACCGAUUCCAAUGCACGCGAAGUCGGCGUGGGAAAUCUGCGCCUUGACCUGCCGGUUGACGAGGAUGACUACUUGAUGCCCACGGGACAGGGUAAUCCCAACGGCAACAACAACAACAACAACAACAACAGCAACAAUCCCAACAACAACAUGGCCACAGCCGCAGCCACCGGUUACAUCGAUGUCAUUGGCGUGCCCGUUAGCGUCGACAAUCCGGAGUAUCUGCUGAACGCACUCAGCGCUGGGGAGGCGCCGAUGCCCACACAGACGAUUGGCAUACCCGUUGCGGGUGUGCCCGGCACCAUGGAGGUGAAAAUGCCUGGCAGCGAGUCCACCAGCUCCGACCAUGAGUACUACAAUGAUACGCAGCGGGAGCUGCAGCCGCUUCAACUGCUGCGCAGUCGCAGCACGGAGACGCGAGUCUAGUUGCACAGAGAAAGAGGAAGUGAGAUAAAGUGAGAAAGAGAGAACACACUGCCAGAAGAAAUGAGUUAAUUUUGGAUAUCAAUCUUGCCACGUAGUACCCAAGUGCCUUGUGGGAGGCAUCGCCAGUUGUCGGUUGCCAGUUGCGGACGCAGUUGCUCUGAUGUGUGCCUUCUGAAUGCUGUUAUCAUAGAUACAAAAACAAAACCCAUUCGUCUGUAGUUGUAAAAAACAACCCCCUUCCAAUAAUUGUAUAGUCUAGCGUACUUAGUUCCCCCCACUCACACCCCCUUUAAGAACAACUCUAGAUACUUAUUUAACUCUAGUUGUGUACUUUUUUCAUAUAGCGCUUGUAGAUUCAAUGUAAUUACGAGAACAAAACACCGAUAGUGCAUUUCUUAGAAGCCCUGCGAAGAAGCCAAGAAUGAAACUUGAACCCAAGUUCAUCCAUUUGGCUUGUGUUCAGGUUUUUCGGUAUUGCAUGCGGCGCCCCACUAAGCUAAAGUUAUUUCUAGUUCAAGCAGCGUAUCCAACAAUAUCUUAUCUAUCAAUCUAUCUAUAUCAUAUAUAUAUCUAAUACGAGUUAUAGGCUUUUAGUGAAUAGUCUCCAACUGUGAUAUAGUUCCUAGGCAAUUCUCUAUAAUUAAGAUUUUUUUAAAUUACUUGUGAACAAACUCGUGGGCCACUGUUAAAUUCUAUGAAUAGCCACACAGAUCUUACUUUAGACAGUUUUGGGGCCUAGUUUCAAAAUCAAUUCGAUAAAUAGUUCAGAUUUCAUUGCGAAAAAAAAAAAACAAGAAAAACGAUUAACAAGCAAACAAACAAACACAAAACAAUAAAUCCCAAGCGUGCCAUGCAUUGAUUAUGCAAUUCUCCUAAAGAUUUCGAAAAAUUUGUUGGCACAUUAAGGUUGAAACUGAAAUAUAAUCUUAAGAUGUUUAGUCUAUUUUAUAUUGAUCAAAGAUAUAUGUAAAUAAUAUACACAAUCAAUGCGAUUAUAAUACUUAUUUGUAUACAAUUAACAGCUUAACUUGUACGCAUAUUUACACAUAUACAAUUUGGCAUAUAAAUUUUAAUUUAAUUUAAUUUAAUUGCAAUUAGUUUACAAGUACCUACGCAAAAUUAUGCAUAUACGAGUAAAUAAAACGAUUUUAAAAUAAA